AAGCAGAGGAGCACGUCAGCAGGAGGCACGUAUAACAUGCCAGCACCAGCAGGAACAGCCGCAGGUCCCGGCAGUGGUGAGCAGCAAUCGCUAAGUGUUUCGCAGACGCCCACAGGAGGAGACUCGACGCCAAACACGUCAUGGAUUUUUUCACCCGACCAUCGGGCCGGUGGCGGGACUGGCAGUACGACGGUUGGCGGAG